AUGCCGCUGCUUGAGCUCUUCAACGGUCUUCUCGAGGAGUACAGGCUGUUGGAGAACCUGGAAGACCUGGACAGCGCGAUCCAUCAACUACAAGACGAUCUCGAACCGAGCGCGGGAAUCGAGAGUGCACAGUCACUCCUGCGUAUCUCAGCCGCAUAUGAAGAGAAGCACAGGAGAACAGGAAUGCUUGAAGACCAACAAGCUUCAGCCAUGCUACUUCUUGAAUCGGUCAAUGCAAUCCCGGACAGUCAUGUAUCGGACAAGCUGAAAUUUUUUGGGUGUUCCAUAACGGCCCACGUUGCGUUGUUCGAACGCACACAGUCAAUGGAUGACCUUUCUUUGGUCAUACAGCAGCUACAAACCAUGCUUGAAACAGCCAGUGGACGCGACCAGACGCAGGCACUAAUAUUCUAUCGGCUUGGAGUUGCUCGGGACAAGGAAUUCAAACUCACUGAGAAGAUGACUUCCUUGGAUGAAAUGACUCGCAAUUACGAAUCAUCACUAAGGUUGACUCCCAAGUCCGACCCAGAAUGGCUACAUCGGGCUGGUUCCCUUUUCAGUGCAGCACAAGUCAAGUAUGAUAGGACGGGACAAGCACAAGAUCUCCAAACUGCGAUUAGAUACCAGGAACUCAGGCUCGAUGGCAUGCCUGAAGACGAUCCAAUGAGAACUCUGCAACUCGGGUUGCUCGGAUCCCUGUACUUUGAUUUACAUCACAAAACAACAGACUUGGAGCAUCUGGAGAAGUCUAUCGAUAUCUUGGAGGAUCUUCUCUAUAUUUUACCAGAGGACCAUACAGAGAGACCAACGGCGCUUUUGACACAGGCGAGGGCAUACGUCGCCAUUACCGGUCUUUUGUUUCGGUACUCGAAAACCGGCAACGAGGCGGAUUUAGACCUAUCUCUGCAAAUGUGCCAAAAAUCACUAGCCCUCAUGCCUGACGACGACAAGAAUCGUGCAUCGAUGCUCCACGGCAUCGGAGUGAUCUUUCUAGAAAGAAGUACCGGGAAAGGCACGUUUUCAGAUCUCGAGGCGGGCAUAGAACACUUGGGGCAAGCCGUGCAAGCAUGUUCUGCGCAGCAUCCUUGCCGAUCAGAGUACCUAAGUGAUUUGGGACGUGCAUACAAAGCUCGAUACCUCAGAAACUCUGACACAAAAGACAUGGAAAUGGCUAUUCAGAGACUACAAGAAGCUGUGGAAACGUCCGAGGACAACACGGAUCUCUUCCUGCGAGGAGAGUACCUUUGGCAUCUUGGAACGGGAUACCACGUUACUUUUAAGAGAACAGGACAAAAUGAGGACCUCCAGAAAGCGAUAUCAUUCCUAGAGGAGGCGCUGUCUUGCUCCCAUUACCAGCUCAAUGCGAGAACGGCGGCUAGUAAGUCCCUCAUUGCGAUUUAUUCAAGCCUCAAAGACUGGACUCAGGCUUAUCGCACCGUUUCCACCUUGUCCUCUCUCAUUCCUCUCGUCAUGGCUCGGUCACUGGAAAAUUCGGAUAAGCAGUUGAUUGUGACUCAGUUUGUGGGCUUUGCUUCCGAUGCGGCAGCUAUAUCUCUGUUGGCGGGAGAAAGCCCUUAUGCCGCGCUGCGACUUCUUGAGACUGGUCGAGGACUCAUCAUGAGCUCGCUGCUCGGGCUUCGCUCCGAUAUCGACGACCUCAAACAGGAUCACCCAAAGCUAGCGGAGGAGUAUCUCAAGUUCAGGGAUCAAAUCGACUCUGUCAAGGGCAGCCUCAGUAACCCUGCUGCGGCUUGGUUACCUGUUAAUCAGCCUGAAUACCGUCACAAUGCGGCAAAGGAACUGGAGCGGGUUAUCAAGACUGUUCGCGGUUUGCCAGAUUUUGAUUCGUUUCUUCAGGAGCCAUCGGAGGAAGAUAUGAGAUCUGCCGCUGCCUUCGGGCCCAUUGUUGUCAUCAAUGUCAGCCAGCACAGGUGUGAUGCGAUAAUCGUCGAGGCGGACGGUAUUAGGUCCCAAUCCCUCCCUAAGAUGACAAUGCAAGACAUAAAGGCCAGGUCACAAGCUACCACGGGCGUAUCGUCACUGAAAAGCGAGGUGCUAGAGUGGCUUUGGGAUGGAAUCGUGGAGCCCGUGCUUGAUAGCGUUGGUCUUACAAGCUCACCAGCUGGCGACUGGCCACGCAUCUGCUGGAUUCCCACUGGACCUCUUGUUCAUCUUCCCCUCCACGCAGCCGGGUAUCAUCAUUUUGUCGAUAAGACCAUCCUAGACCGUGCCAUCUCUUCAUACAGCAUCUCUCUAACAGCGCUGGUGCAGAACCACACUUACCGCCAGAAGUCGGAGGCUAGUCGAAAGCCGGAACACGCUGUGCUCAUUGGAAUGACGGAAGUGCAUAACGCGCCGAAGGAGAUCGAGGAGGUGGCCAGGAUCUGUCAAGAGAUGCAAGUACAGAGGCCAGAUCCUUACACUAAGAAGGUCCUCAAAGCUCUAAGGAAUUGCGAUAUAUUUCAUUUCGCAGGCCAUGGCUCGAGCAAUGCCUUGGAUCCAUCGAAGAGCGCGCUGAUUUUGAACAAUCAAGACCGCCUUACUGUGUCUAGCCUGUUUGAUAUCAACCUCCACAAACAGAAGCCAUUCCUCGCUUUCCUGUCAGCGUGUAGCACAGGCCAAAUCAGACAAGACAAGCUCGUGGACGAAGGCCUCCAUCUUAUCGCAGGGUGCCAGGUCGCAGGGUUCCAGCACGUCAUUGGGACGCUCUGGGAGGUCAACGACGCAUUGUGUAUUGAGGUGGCGAGGACGACGUAUGAGUGGAUACACAAGAAUGGAAUGAGCCACGACUCGGUUAGCGAGGGACUGCACCGAGAAAUCAGGCAGCUUCGCAUGAAGUGGGUUCGAGAUCACGAGCACAGAAGUCGUGUUGCUAGAGGCGCUGAUGGAUCUCGGACCGGUGGAGGUCAGAUGAGAGAUGUUGUAGUUGUGGAGGAGGGGCCUCUUUUAUGGGUGCCUUAUAUCCAUUACGGUUUCUAA